GUUGGGUUACCAACCAUGUAUGGCUUCUUCGUCAGGGAUAUCAGUAUCUGUAUUAUAAGUGCUAUCUAUUCUUAGAUGACACUUCGGCUGGACUGACCAGAGCCCGGGGUUUUCCUGGCAUAAAGGAGAGACAAAAUGUCCUUCAGUGUGACUCUCAAUGGAUCUGGACCAUGGGGCUUCCGUCUGCAAGGAGGGAAGGACUUCAACAUGCCUUUGACCAUCUCCAGGAUCACCCCUGGCAGCAAGGCAGCCCAGUCUCAGAUGAGCCAGGGAGAUAUGGUGGUAGCCAUUGACGGCGUCAACACAGAUGGCAUGACCCACCUAGAGGCCCAGAAUCUGAUCAAAUCAGCAAACUACAACCUGAAUCUUACUCUUCAAAAAUCAAAACGUCCAAUUCCGAUGUCAACAAGCAUCCCAAGGAUCGAUUCUCCCAUGCCCGUGAUCCCUCAUCAAAAGGUGGUAACCAAUCCUGUGACCAACACCGAGUAUGUGGAACGUUUCAACCCCAACGUCCUGAAGGAUUCUGCUCUGUCCACGCAUAAACCCAUAGAGGUGAAAGGCCCCGGGGGCAAAGCCACCAUCAUUCAUGCCCAAUAUAACACCCCCAUCAGCAUGUAUUCUCAAGAUGCUAUCAUGGACGCCAUUGCAGGCCAAGCUCAGGCCCAGGGUGGUGAAUUCGCUGGUAACCUUCCUGUUAAAGAUCCUCAUGUAGACAGUGCGUCUCCAGUCUAUCAGGCUGUGCUUAAAACUCAAAACAAGUCUGAAGAUGAGCUGGAUGAUUGGAGCCGCCGAUCUUCCAACUUGCAGUCAAAGUCCUUCCGAGUCCUUGCUCAGAUGACAGGAACUGAGUACAUGCAAGAUCCAGAUGAAGAUGCCUUGAGAAGAUCAAGUGGCAAGAAACAUGUUGCUGUGGCGACUGAAAACAGUACCCCUGUUGAGCAUGAGCCUGUGUCUAUCAGCUGCGCUCCUUCUGCUAUGCCUGCUGCUUCGGCCAGUCCGUCGUCGUCUUCUGCUGUUGCUGCUGCUGCUUCUCACAGUGGUGUCCAUCGGAUGACGCUGCUGCCAGCUUCUAUUUCAUCUGGAGCUUAUGACUCCAUCUCAUCCUCCUGCCAAAGCUUCCACCAUCAAGCUUCGACUUCCAUCUCCUACCAGUCCCGCAAGAGAGGCCAAGCCUACACUUCAGCCCCAGCUCCCCAUGGCCCAGCUCCCCAUGGCCCAGUUCCCCAUGGACCGGCUCCCCAUGGACCAGCACCCCAUGGACCAGCUCCUUACACAGGCUACAGUGAAGCCCCAGUGCCUGCUCCGAAGCCAAGAGUUGUGACCACUGCAAGCAUAAAGCCCUCGGUCUAUCAUCCAGCAGCUCCAGCACCCGCGCCACCAUCGGUGUCCACACAUACCUAUAUUCCAAGCCAAGUUGAACCUGCAAGUCGUCCCCCAUGGGUGACGGAUGACUCCUUCUCCCAAAAGUUUGCUCCUGGGAAAAGUACAACCACCAUCACCAAGCACAUUCUGCCAAAGGGUGCUCCGGUGCCUCCAUCUUCUGCCCCACCUCCCUCAAUUCCUGCAUCCAUCCAGGCUCCUGCUAUCGCGCGGGGAACAAUCCAAAGAGCAGAACGCUGCCCCGCCAGUAGCCGAGCUCCGCUCUGUGGACAUUGUAAUAGCAUCAUCAGAGGGCCCUUCUUGGUAGCCAUGGGUCGCUCUUGGCACCCUGAGGAAUUCUACUGUGCUUAUUGCAAGACCUCUCUGGCUGAUGUGGGCUUUGUUGAAGAACAGAAUAGCGUCUACUGUGAGCGUUGCUACGAACAGUUCUUUGCCCCGACUUGUGCCAGAUGCCAUACCAAGAUCAUGGGGGAAGUGAUGCAUGCUUUGAGGCAAACUUGGCACACCACUUGCUUUGUUUGCGCCGCCUGUCGGAAGCCAUUUGGAAACAGCCUCUUCCACAUGGAGGAUGGAGAACCCUACUGUGAGAAAGACUAUGUUGCCUUAUUCAGUACCAAAUGUCAUGGAUGCGACUUCCCCGUUGAGGCUGGAGACAAGUUCAUCGAAGCCCUUGGUCACACCUGGCAUGAUACAUGCUUCAUUUGUGCUGUCUGCCAUGUCAAUUUGGAAGGUCAACCGUUUUAUUCGAAGAAAGAUAAACCUCUGUGCAAGAAACAUGCCCAUGCCAUCAAUGUCUAAAGAAAGAUCCGGCAAAGGAAUAAUGAAGUAAAAAGUGUGGAGGUUGAUUCAACAGAUUAAAAUAUAGAUCACUAUGGAUUUUUGAGGAUAGGGAAGGGAGAUCAUAAAUUAUGGACACUUUGAAUUACGCUUUUGUGUGUGCAGUUCUGUUUCUGGUGCACAAAAGUGUGAAUGCAUAUUCAUAGCUUGACAGCCAACUUGGGCUGCAAAUGCUUGAACAAAAUGAACAAAAUAAGGGGGCAGUUUCUAUGUAACUAUAUUUAGGAUAGGCUUACCCUAGCAGAAAUAUUACUGUUAAAAAAAAGAAUCCUUUCUUAGUAUUAUAAUACAGUUUAAAAGUGCCAAAUUACACAAAGUAAUUUAGAGUCAUAGUCCAUUGUGAUGAGUCAAUUAAUUAUUUCCUACCAAUAGAGAGAUAUUCCAUUGUUAUAUGUCAUGCCUCUUCUUCACAUUACUUAGAUGUGGCAUAACUUUUAGGUUUAAAAAAAUCGUAGGCCAGAUAGAAUUAACUAAAAACAAACCAUGGACUAACCCAAUCAAAGCUUGAAUCCAAACACAACUCAAAACCCCUCUGGUAAUUCUCCCUAAUUGCCAGGUUUUCUUGUAUAUAGGUGUGGUUUUCCUGGAUUUAAAAAAAUAUGCUUUUACCGAGCUGGUAAACUUUGGGGAUAAUAUCAGACCCCCAGUAAUCGUGAAUGGCUCUUCCUAAGUUUCAUUCCUGUAUUGGCUACAUCCCUCUAGAACAGGUGUCUCCAACCUUGGUCCCUUUAAGAUUUGUGGACUUCAACUCCCAGAGUCAAAGCUGGCUGAGGAACUCUGGGAGUUGAAGUCCACAAGUCUUAAAGGGACCAAGAUUGGAGACCCCUGCCCUCGAGUAGAACUGUUAGAAGAUGAUUUUCAAAGGACUCUGGAUGUGUGUGGACCUUGAGCUUCUGAUCGUUGGUAGGAAAGUUGGGCAAAAUGAUGAGAAGAAUUGUAUGGAAGAGUGAAGAGUUAACUCAGAGUAUCAGUUGUCUUCCAUCUGCCAUUGUGGAAGGAAGGAGAAAGUGUUGGGUUGUAGAUUUACCGUACCAUUGUCACUAUCAAGCUAACCGACCAUGGGGGAAACACAUAUGUAAGAAAUUUCUUCAAGGAUGAGACCCUCCAAGUUGCUUGAGAUUACUUGUAGUGGGUAGUAGAAGCUUUAGUCUUUGGAUAUCUGGAAGUCAACCCUUUGCUUUCAAUUUGAGACUCUUUGCCAACUGAUGGAUAUGGAUUUGGCUGGAUAAUCCAUCAGGAACACUUACUUCGAGUUCUUGAAAGCUCUUACUCGUAACAGCAGUAAUAGGGAAGGUGGUAAUUUCUUUUUUGUUGAGGGUUAGGAAAAGUUAUAUUAUAAUUGCAGCUACAAAAAAAUAUAGAGACGGGGAGAUAUCCAGAUUUUUUUUUUUCUUUGUUUUCAAGAAUGUAACUUUUUGUUUGGUUAAAGCUGGUGCCAUUCGGGCAGACCUUGAACGAGAAACUUGCGAUUCUUUAAAGACGGUGUCUCUAAAGUGUGGUUGUGUUUGCUGCUACAAGAAAAAGAAGCCUGCAAAAUCUUGAGUAGUUUUCCUUUUUUUUUAAGUUUUUGAACAAAUGCUAUUUAGGAUUUCUGCAAUUAUUUACUUUUUGAUGUUUUUGUCCUCUUGUGUUGGGCAGCCUGUAUUUAUUCUGGCUAGCAUUUGGGUAUUUAAUCCUUUAGCAUCAGGUAAUAGUUUAUAUACGGUGAAGCCACUGGCUUAUAUCUGCUCAGAUAAGCAGCCUAAAUUUAGACUCAUUCUAUGUCAACAUUGUUAGGCGCUCAUUUGAAUGAGCAACACUGUCAUAAAGAUAAAAAGCCAUUUACUCCGGUAGAAUAUGUUCCAACAUGGAAGCUUAUGAUUUCUUAUUUAAAACAAUGUACAAUAUUUAUUAUUCAUUUGGGGAAAAAAAAACAAGAGGGAAGAAGAACGCAGUUUGAUUUUCAUAACGUUUGUUGUUUGACUGGAAUCCCGACCUCAUUCAGGCUAAAAGCUAAAAUAAAAGCUGCAUUAUAACCAUG